CGAAGUAAAGAAGCAUCAGGGCAUUUUCUUCCAAAUUCUAUCGUGUCGUCUUUCAGAUCCGCCAUUUCCUUUCCUCCCGUCAUCUUGCUCCGUCGCCGGUUUUCGACGUCGGCCUACGAGGCAGGGCAGCUUCUUUAUCCUACAGUUUUUGUAGGGAGGGCUUGAUGGUAGAGUAGGCAUACAGCACCCUGUCGCAAUCAUCUUGAGCUGUAGUUUGUGCUGUUCAUCUCCCACUAAUUUGGAAGAAGAUGGCUGUGGCAAUGAGGAAUAAAGUGCAAAGGAAGUUCAAGAUGAGGGGUUAUACCCUCAAAAUUGACGCUUUGUCAGAAAUUCUUGGAUUCCUCACCCAUUUCCCUGAAGCUGAGGAUGAAGCCAUUGAUCUCCUCCUUGAUGAGCUCCGCCACCUCUCUUUGAAAUCCUCGAUUUUGGACAAGGAACCUGUGCACAGAGUGGUGAGUCUUUUGCUGGAAGCUGAGGCGGCUAUUGAGGAGAAUCCGUCAGGAGGAGGCUACCUCUCCGCUGCUUCAGCAUUGAGAAUAAUUGAUGCCUUUGAUUUCCCCAAAUUUCGCUAUGAUCCUAUUAAGAAGUUGUUUCACAAAUACACGGGGAAACUUCCAAUUCAUGGUGAUGCUUCUGCAAAGCUGUCAUUAUACAGGGAUAGGUUUCUUCUGUUGUUUCAAAGGCUUUCCCGUGACCCGCAUUUUUCUAAGCCUGUUUUCGAUAGUGAUAUUUCUGAUUAUGGAAGCUGCCAGAUAUCUCCAAUUCAAUCGCUUGUUGGUCAGACAGGAAAGAGAUGGGUGAUGGGUCUUAUCUCUCAGUUGGAAGAUGGUCAUUUCUAUUUGGAAGACUUGACUGCAGCUGUGGAAGCUGAUUUAACCAAUGCAAGAAUAACAACAGGAUUCUUUGUAGAAAACACGGUAGUCUUAGCAGAAGGCGAGAUGCUGUUGAAUGGCAUUUUUCAGGUGAAAACAUGUGGAUUUCCUCCACUGGAGGACCGGGAAAAGUCAGUCUCAAUGUUCGCAGGGGUUGAUUUCUUUGGUGGUGGUUCACUUACAAAAGAAGAGACGGUUAGACUUGCAGAGCUGGAAAAAGGGGCUGUAAAUGACAUGUUUGUUAUACUUUCUGAUGUUUGGCUGGACGAUGACAAUACUAUGGAAAAACUGGAGGUCAUUCUCAGCGGUUAUGAGAAUGCAAAUGUGUCCCCGUCAUUAUUUGUUUUCAUGGGAAACUUCUGUUCACGUCCAUGCAACCUAGCCUUUAAUUCCUUUUCAAGCCUCAGAUCACAAUUUGGGAAACUUGGUGAAAUGAUUGCAGCUCAUCAACAGCUGAAAGAACACAGCAGAUUUCUCUUCAUUCCUGGUCCUGACGACAUAGGUCCUUCGAAUGUUCUGCCCAGAUGUUCAUUGCCAAAUUACAUAAAGGAGGAGCUUCAAAAACACAUCCCUAAUGCAGUGUUCUUGAGUAAUCCCUGCAGAAUUAAAUAUUAUUCACAAGAAAUUGUGUUCUUCCGCCAAGAUAUGCUGUAUAGAAUGCGGAGAUCAUGCGUAAUGCCUCCUUCAACUGAAGAAACAAGUGACCCUUUCGAGCAUCUUGUUGCAACAAUAACUCAUCAAAGCCAUCUGUGCCCUCUGCCUUUGAGCGUACAGCCGAUCAUCUGGAAUUAUGAUCACUGUCUACACAUCUAUCCGACCCCUCAUACAAUAGUCUUAGGGGAUAGAAGCGAGCAGAAGGCAUUUAAUUACACAGGGAUUACAUGUUUUAAUCCUGGUUCGUUCUCAAAUGAUUUCACAUUUGUUGCAUAUCGACCUUGCUCUCAGGAAGUUGAACUAUCAGCUGUGUAAGUAACUAUAGGAUAUAGUGUACCCUUUGAUUGAUUCAACUGAUCACUUUGUACUUAGCUGAGGAUCUUUCUUUUGGGCAGUUUUAGUCAGUAGCCGUGUAGUUUGAUUAUUGUAAUAGCACUUCGAUCAAUCAUAUACUCUUCUGUGUAGUUGAAAUCCUUGCAGAUAUGAUAUCUAUUGUUAAAUUAGGUCCUAAUUGUGGGCAUUCAUAGUCUUUUUCUUCUUAAUGUUGAUAGUAUGAUGCAAAUG